CGCCGCCAACAGGUAAAAUGGCGUCAGUACAGAUCCUUCCGCCAAGAAGUAGACGUGUCCCAAGCAUACUGCUCACGUUUAACAAGCGUCAACGGGGAGUUCGAUUGAUGGAGGCGGACAUCACCGGCAACAUGGAAGGGAAAACGGACGCGGGCAUCUCACUGGAGCCUUACAUCGAGGCAGUGCGCCAGCAGCUGGAAGACCAGGACCCGCUUUUCCUCAUCGGGGUCCUCGUGGCUUUGGCUGUUGUGAUCAUCACUUGUGUUUUCCUCAAGUACUUUCUAACUAGUAAAACCGUCCAAAGUGCGGUGUUGCUAGUCGGGUUGUGCGAUGCGGGCAAGACUCUUCUCUUCAGCCGACUGCUGUCCGGGAAGUUCAAACGGACUCAGACCUCUGUUACAGACAGUAGUGCUCCCUAUAAAGUGAAAAAUGAUAGGAACACCAUCUGGACUCUGAUAGACCUACCAGGUCAUGACAGUCUACGGCCACAAUAUUUGGAAAAGUUCAAAACCGCAGCCAGAGCCAUUGUGUUUGUGGUGGACAGCGCCAUUUUCCAAAAGGAAGUCAGAGACGUCGCCGAGUUCCUGUACGUUUUGCUGACCGACGCAGUACUCUGCAAGAAUGCCCCCACGGUUCUUGUGGCAUGCAACAAGCAAGAUAUCACCAUGGCAAAAUCAGCCAAACUGAUUCAGCAGCAGCUUGAAAAGGAGCUGAAUACAUUACGGGUGACUCGCUCGGCGGCUCUCAGCUCACAGGACGGCUCGGCGUGUGGAAGCGUGUACCUGGGCAAGAAAGGCAAGGACUUUGAGUUCAGCCAGCUGCCCAUGAAAGUGGAAUUCCUGGAGUGCAGCGCCCGCGGGGCCAAAGGGGAAGAGGGCGACGCCGACAUCCAGACCUUAGAGAGCAGCCUAGCUAAACUGUAAAAGAAAAGUGAAGAUCUCGUUGGCAGCCACCAUCCACACGGAAAACAUAAUCUCGCAACACUUGUAAGGAUGACCACCCAAAGAUUCUAUCAAGUCCAGUUAGACUGGGAAGGUCCAAUUUGCUUGGAGGAGAAUCAUGGAAUGACUACUUGCUUUGCAGCGCAAAUGUAGUCGAGAACAUCAUGCUUUAACAUGACAAUAAGACAAGUACAGUACUGAUACAUUUGCUGUAUUGCAAACAAAUUGUGGACAGCCUAAAGAAAUCACGGGUGGAUACGCUUGUCCUUUCCUUAUCGAUGGAAAGAUUUGCCUUUUUAUUCUGACAUGUUUUAGAGUAGUAUGAAUAUGUGGGAUUGUUGUGAAGAAUUUGUAACGACUGGUAGUUUACAAAAGCAUUUUCUUAGUUGUUGUACAAAAUGACAAUACGGUCUAGAUAGAAUCAAAUAAACCUCAAAGAGCA